AUGGAAUAUAAAAAUGGAACUGUGGUGACUGAAUUUAUUUUGCUAGGAUUUUCUGGACGAUGGGAACUUCACAUUUUCUUCUUUGCGACGUUUUCCUUGAUCUACAGUGCUACUGUAUUGGGGAACAUUCUCAUUAUGGUCACAGUGACAUUUAGCUACCCCCUUCAUUCUCCUAUGUACUUCCUUCUGGGGAACCUCUCUUUUCUGGACAUGUGUCUCUCCACGGCCACAACACCCAAAAUGAUCACAGACUUGCUCACUGAACACAAGACCAUCUCCUUGUGGGGCUGCAUGGCUCAAAUGUUCUUUAUGCACUUCUUUGGGGGUGCAGAGAUGUCUCUUUUGAUAGUCAUGGCUUUUGACAGGUAUGUAGCCAUAUGCAAACCAUUGCACUACAGGACAAUCAUGAACCAUAGGUUGUUGAAUAGGUUUGUGAUUCUUUCAUGGGUAAUUGGUUUUAUACACACCACGAGCCAGAUGGUAUUAACUGUGAACCUACCUUUCUGUGGCCACAAUGUCAUAGACAGCAUAUUUUGUGACCUUCCCCUUGUCAUCAAGCUUGCUUGUGUGGAAACAUACACCCUGGAACUAUUUGUUAUUGCGGACAGUGGGCUGCUCUCUUUUAUCUGUUUCAUCCUGUUGCUUUUCUCUUACACUAUCAUUCUGGUCACUGUACAGAAGAAAUCUUCUGGAGGGCUUUCCAAAGCUCUGUCCACAUUGUCUGCCCACAUCAUUGUGGUCACUCUGUUCUUUGGACCUUGUAUCUUUAUCUAUGCCUGGCCAUUUGGUAGUUUUGCAAGCAAUAAAACCCUUGCUGUCUUUUACACUGUAAUCACACCCUUAUUGAAUCCUAUUAUUUACACGCUGAGAAAUCAGAAAAUGCAAGUGGCCAUGAGAAAGCUGCGAUUCCAACACAUUAGCUCCACACAGAACUUCUAG